AAAGGCUCUCUAUAAUCUUGAACCCAAUAAGGAUUGAAAGGAGCUGAAAAAUGUGUUGCUGGAAAAGCGCAGCCGGUCAGGCAGCAUCCAAGAAGCAAGAGAAUCGACGUUUCGGGCAUAAGACCUUCUUCAGGAAUGAUUGAAAGGAGUCUGAUUUAUAGAAUCUUGUCUGAUCUAUAGAAUUUCAACUGAUCUGCAAGCUGAUCAUGUGACAAACAUUCAAUUAUUAAGGGGACGCGGACUUUGCUAGCCAGACUAGCAUUUAUUACUCAUCCCUAAUUCUCCUUGAAGAUGCCUUCCUGGACAGCCGCAAUCCAUUUGGUGUAGACCCACAAUGCAGCCUCGAAGUGAAAGAAAAACAAUGCUGUCAGGGAGGGGCUUCCUCGAUUUUGACUGAGCAAGAGUGAAGGAAAGCAAAUAUCCUUCAAAGUCGGGAUGGUGAAUGACUUGGAGGGAGCUUGCUUUUGAUGGUGUUCCCAUGCUCUUCUAGAUAGUGAUUAUGGUUUUGGUUUGUGCCGUGCAAGAAGCCUUGGUGACUUUUUGUAGUACGUCUUGUAGAUGGCACAUACUACUGCUACUGAGGGUCGGUGGUAGAGGGAGCGGCUGUUUAUGGACAUGGUGCCAAUCAAGUAGACUGCUUUCCCUUGGAUGGUGUCAAGCUUCUUUUCUUUAGGUGUAUCCUUGGUAUACCUCCCCUGAUGAUUCUUCUGAUCCCAAACAUUGCACUUCCUUGUAAGAACAAAAACUUAAAUAUGACUGAAGUAAUGAAUGACUUCCAGAAUGUUAUAUUUCAAGAUUUGCAACACUUGUUAGAACUUUUGGCUACCAAAAGUAAUAACAACAACUGCAGAAAACCACAGAAAUCAAAUCCUUUUCCUUGCCUUAAUGGAAAGGAAAUUCCCUCAGUCCACCGCUUGACGUGUUCGGUGCUUUAUAUUUCUAAGCAAUAUAACUUUGACUUUAAUCAGGAGAUAAUAAUCUUAUCCAAGCGAACUGAAAAAACAUUGAGAUGUAGUUGUGAUCAUCAAAAGAAAAACAGAAAAAAUCACAACAGGAAACCCAAAAUAUCGUCAAUAAUCAACGGCAAGACAAAAUGCCCAACAAAGAAGCUUCUAAGAAUAAAAGAAAAAAUUUCAGAUAUAAGCUUAUGCUGGAAAAAAAUAUUUAAACUCACAGAAAUCUGAAUAACUUUUUAUUAUGACACAUUGUGUUAAUCAUGAAGAGGAUACCUUUUGCAGUUGUGCUGAUGACUAGAUUCUGAUUUGAACUGCAUACAUUCUUGUCAACUCUAGUGGUAUGCACUGUUGAAUCACUGCAUUAUUGAAGGCCAGUACAAUAAGUGCAAGUCCAUGUCCUAAUUGACCAAACAUCAGGCCAGUGAAUGAGACAUCAAACUCAGUCUUUGCCCUUUCAAGUGGAUGUGAAAGAUCCUGUGUCAUUGGCUGAAGAAUAAUGGAGGAGUUCUCUUAUUACCUCAUUGUUGGUUGUGGCAUAAAUUAACUGUCACAUUAUCCAUAACUGUGACUAUGCAGGAAAAAUACUUCAUUGAUGUAGGAAUUCCAGAUAUUUAAGAGAAUUAUCUCUUUAACUCCUCAAACUCGAGUUUCCAAGUGAUUUGAAGUGACAAUCCUGAUGGGCGACAGUGUUGAUAUUUUAUUUGUGUAAGUAAGACUUGACAAAUGCUCAUGUCUGAACAAUGAGCAUUACGAGUGCAGUCAGGAUAGAAUUGUGAUCUCUUAUUACAUAUUGCUUAAUCAUGCUCAUGUACCAUUGCAUCAGUCAACGUGUUAUGUAAAAUCUGUGCAAGGAGAUCUUAGGGAAUGUUUGGGAAUCUCCUCAUAGACUUGCUUUCCAUAAAAAAGGCUAUAGAGAUCAAUUACAUCCAGCUUUACUACAUUUGAGUUGGCCAAUUACACAAGGUGCCCAAGCCAGGUUAAAACCCUCAUGAUCUUAAGCUUUCUAUGAUCAGUGUAACCAAUGCCAACUGAGAAAAGCUAUCACAUUGGCAACCAGAUACUUGUCUGGGAUUCAAGAUGCCGUUGUUCUCUCUGUCCCUUCUCUGGGUCUACAGAAUAUUGGUGAGGCAUUCUUUCUCACUUCUUACAUAGUGUGCUUACACAUUCUACUAAAUUCCUGCUCAAGUUUAACCCUCUCACAAUUUGUUUGAUGAAGGCCUAAACUGCAGUUACCCAUCAGGACACCUCUUAGUUGCCCUUAACCAAAGUGGAUCACAGAUUGUGUUAACAAAAUGGUUAUCAAACAAUGAGUCACAAUAUUUGAGAUUAUUGUUGAUAAUCAGCCAGAAGAGCAGAAACAGGGCUUCCCCAAGAUUCUCAGACAGUGAAGCAGUUGGGGACAUUUUGAGGUUGUUAAAGAUGGUAUAUAAAUGCAAUUUCUUCCCUGCCUCGCUUUUGACAUUAUAAUAUAUACAUUUUAAGCCAACUUUUUUUUCGCAGCUUUGUGAAAAUCAAAAUUGGACACUUGUUUAUUUUGGUUCCAAUGUGUUGCUUUGUUUUUAAAUAAAGGAUUACUUUUGUAGAAAUACGUAGAAACCAUGUGAGCCAUAAGUACCUUUCACAUUGUGGAAUGCACACAAAAUUGAGGACAAGAAAUUAAAUGUAUUUUUUAAAAUAA